CGAUUGAAUCCGAAGAUACAUAGAAAAAUGGAUGCAAUUAGUUACCUAAUUGUUCUUUUGCAUAUAGAAUUGAUUCUUUUAUGCGAGGAUGUAGGUUUAUCCAAAAAUUCACUAUUGAUCUAUUUUUUUUUUCUU